AAAUAUGAGAAACGAAACUUAGGUUAAACCAGCUCUUCUGGUAAUCAUACGAGGGCGCGACUCAUCAUAAAGGUUCGUGAUAGCCGAGAGACUCCAGCUGUGCUCCGGUGCAGGGAGGGGUUCUGUCUGCCUUCACUCCGAAACCUCAGAGCCGUGAGUCCACAUGAUGCUGCACGUUCACACUGUUGUUGAUCAGCCAAGUCUCACGUUAGCAGGACCUCAGUUAUCCGCGAUAUUAAAGCCUCUGUAAACAUCCGCAUAUCUGAAUGUUUUGGAGCUACUGCUGAGCCGCUCAAACACUUUGACGACACAUUCUGGACAUUUCUCAGAUUUUGGCCUUCAGUUUUUCAUAGAUAAUGACAAGUUAAUCCAAAUUAGCAUUGUCAGAGAUUCCUUUGUUUAUGCUUCAUCUGAGUCUAUGUUUGACUGUAACCAGAAAACAUACCAAAAACUACUGAAGCUUUGAGCCUAUAUUGCUACUAUCUGCAGGACCAUACGUUUUCCUGCAUUCAAGUGCUGACUUUAGCAUUAUGCAUGUAUCACAAUGUCAGCCAUUGGGUCCAAACUGGCUCUUCUUUUAUCAACACAUGACCUCAAACUUGUAUGCGCUAAAUGCUCUGUCAGGGAGAAAGAAAUUACAUAUUCCUUAAAAUCAGUCCAGCACCAGUGUGCACGCAAUAUCCUGCUCUGCAGGGCAAAAGGUGGCAGCAAAUGGAGGCCUGUUUCUAGACGGCCCGCAUUUCCAAACCCUAGUCAGUAUAUGGGAUGUUGGUUCUAUGUGGAGGGCUCUGGUUGCACACAGCACAAAAACCGCUGCACCUUUGCCAGAAGUGAUGAGGAAGCAGCAGUGUGGAACUUUGAAAAGCGUCAGGGAUUAGACCACACUCUUCUCUGUAAUCUUUUAGCUCAGUCUGAGAGAGGAUAUGAUCAGUGUAACACAUCUGAACCUCUGGGUGACAUUUUGGAUUUAGAUUUGAAGGCUGUGUGUGAUCUGUGCUCUUUUAAGGAGAAUGAAAUAACAUACACAGUUAAGUCAGUUAGUCACAAGUGCAGUAGAAAUCAGCUUUUAGUCAAAGCCAAAGCCUCUAACCAAUGGAGGCCUGUCUCUCAGCGGCCUACAUGUGGAAACUUUGGUCUAAAUGUCCUUUACAAAGUGUGUAACUUCUAUGUUGAGGGUUCUGGAUGUACACAACACGGAGAAAAAUGCACUUAUGCCAGAAGCUGUGAAGAGGCCACUGUAUGGAACUAUAUUAGAGAAAAAAAAAUAGAUAAAGAUGAGUUAAUCAGACUUGUAACUGAGUCUGAGCAUAUUUUGGAAACACCAGAAAGUGCAGCUGAAAGCAUACUCCAAGAGUUUUCAGGGGAAUUCAUUGAGCUCUGUAAAGACUGCUUUCAUGAUCGUCCACAAAAAUUAACAACCAAAAGGUGGAACGCCACUUGCUCAGCAGAUGAAGCACACACCUGGAACCCAGUCUUAGUUUAUCACCUAUCAGAGAAUAGCAGAAAGCACAUCUACAAUCAGGUGCGCCCACUUCCCAAAAACUGUCAGUUUAAGUACUGCAGUCAUGUCAGGGAAGGCAAGCCCUGCUGGCAUCAGGCCGGCCACUGUUCAUCUGCCCAGAGCGAGGUGGAGAUGGCUGUGUGGAAAGCGGAACAGAGCGGACUCACCGUCCGGCCUCAUCUCCUUCAGUUGAACCAGCGGGAGCAGACACAGCCCAGACAGGUCACCAUGUACUGCAAAGUCUGCCUCUUGGCCCUGUCCUCCCCAGAGAGCUUCUUCAAGCACUGCUCCUCUUUGGAGCAUGCCCAGUUACUCUCUGAUGACACCACCACCAAGUGGAAAGGACGACAGCCUCCACACAACCGCCGAGCUGAGUUUUGGCUGUGUGACAGACCACAAACAUGUGAGUAUGGCAACAAUUGUCCAAAAGCUCAUUCUGUGGAAGAACUGCAAGAGUGGAUGAUGCGUGCUAAAGAAGAAGAGGAGAUCAGACGUAACAUUGAAGCCCAAGGUUACAUGAGCUAUAAUGAAAGACUUUUGGAAGAAUACAAAAACAGCAGCAAUGAAGUGUACAUUAUGUCAGAACAGGUGGAUGAUGUCAGCAUCUCUUGUGAUAAAGAUUUAACUGUGGAGUGUGAACAGAUCAAUGCAACAUUGCAAUGGAACUUCCAAGUUGAAACAGAGAGACAGCUUGUGCACGUGGCGCUGUUGAAGCAAGAACCAGGAGCAUCAUUUACACUUGAUGACAUCAGUUUAGCGCCCUGCAGCCACUCCCCGGGUGAACACUUUUUGAAUGAAGACAUGACCUAUGACAUAACUGUGUCUUUCACAUGUAUCAAUCCAGGCCUGUAUGAACAGUGGUUAGUGCUAGAUUUUAACAUGAGACCAGUGCUCUUGAAAAAACUCAGAGUAAGAGUGGGCCAGCCAUCAUUGGAUGACACCGAACAGCCUUCUAUGAACCCUAGAGCUGUCUUUCAAAGUGUUGAGCGUUGGCAUCGCGGGAACAGGGUUAUCAUCCCAUGUUCUACCAGGACAGAAGAACAGGAGGAGCUGUGUAAGGAGUACAAGCCUCCUCAGAUUAACUUUCUGUUUAAAUCCUCCUAUAACAGCCAAACACCUCUGAAUCAUGAGAACUACAAAGAAAGUAUGCACCACUUCCUUUACCAAGAGGAACGGGCAGAGGACCAGGUUGUUUCAAGACUAAAUGUUUGUGGAGAAAUUAAAACAUCGGAUAAGCUGGACAGUACACAGUGUGGCAUGAUAAGUGCUCCUCGAGGAGAACUGUUCUGUUCCAUCUCGAUUCCCUGUAAUCUCACCCCGGACACCCCUGAGGGACGGGUACUGAAACGAAGCAUCAAGUCUGGCCUGAUAGCCCCUUUAUCUUCAAGUGGUCGAAAUUCCAAGGUCUAUGAAGCCAACAUCCUGCAAGACAAAACAAGUGAGAACAAAAUGUAUUUGCAACUGUCUAAAAAAUGUUGCUCUGAUCUUAUGCUCAAAAGCAAUGAAUCGUAUCAAAUGGAAGUGCAGUUUCAGCUGGACCGCUACAGCUUCUGCACCAUGCACAAGGCUGUAGACCUCCUUCAUGAUACAAAAAGAGUGCUACCAGACCUUAAAAACUGUGGUGUUCCUGUGAAUGACAUCCACCAUGAGAAGUUGAAUGUAAAACAACAGUCAGCAGUUGACUUUAUCACUGGGAAUUCCAGUGGUCAAAACUGUGUGGCACCACUCCUAAUUUAUGGACCAUUUGGAACUGGGAAAACAUUCACCCUUGCUACAGCAGCCAGACAGCUUUGUAAGCAGCCUCACAACAAAGUGCUAAUUUGCACCCACACAAACAGUUCUGCAGAUCUGUAUGUCAGAGAUCACUUCCAUCCAUUCAUUGACAAGAAAAAUGAUGGGAUGAGGCCAAUUCGAAUAAAGGCAAACCAAAAAAGUGCUUUGUUUGCCACAGAUGAGAUCACUUUGAAAUACUGCUUUCUUUCGGAAGACAGACAGUUUCUACCACCGACAAAAGCUAUUCUAGAUUGCCACAAAAUAGUCAUAACCACCACAACAAUGGCAAGACAUUUUCAUGACCUGAAACUCCCAGAGGGCUACUUCACCCACAUUCUAAUCGAUGAAGCCUCUCAGAUGCUAGAAUGUGAAGCCUUGAUUCCCCUAAGUCUGGCUGGGCCAAACACGAGAGUUGUUUUAGCAGGAGAUCAUAUGCAAAUGGGGCCAAAGCUUUUCUCAGUGGAUGAUCAUCACCGUUCAAACUACACACUCCUUAAUCGCUUGUUCCACUACUAUCAAGACCAAAAGUGUGAUGCUGCCCAAAAAAGUAGAAUCAUUUUCAGUGAAAACUACCGCUCAACCAAAGAAAUUGUGGAGUUUGUAUCCACUCAUUUCUAUGUUGGUAAAAAUGAUGUUAUCAAAGCUGCUGGAAAUAUUCCAGCUCCUGCCUAUGGCCAUGCCCUAAAGUUCCACCAUGUUCGGGGAGAGUGUCUCUUGGACACUGUGUCUAUGUCUUGGUAUAACAAAGAAGAGGUUGCCACAGUGGUUGAAGCAGUAAAAGAGAUUCUCAAACACUGGCCAUCCACAUGGGGAACCAACCAAGGCUCAAUCUGUGUUCUAUCAGAGGGAUGUCAGGUUCGACGAAUUCGGACAGCGCUUGCGAAAAAAAGCCAUGUGAAAGUCCAUGUCGAAAAUGUUUCAAAUGUGCAAGGCAGACAGUUCAGGGCAGUCAUAAUGACAGCUGUGCAAACACGUGACAGCCUAAGAACUUCUCACCUGCCUGGCCUGGAGCUGUUCAAUGAUGCCCGUGUGUUAAACACUGUGAUGACUAGGGCUCAGUCCCAGGUGGUUGUGAUUGGAGAUGCUGCUGCCCUCUGUUGCUUUGGGAAAUGCUCAGGAAUCUGGAAGAGCUACAUAGAACAUUGCAUCAACAACAGCGGUGUUGCACCACAGCAUUUCACCAAAGAUUUCUUUGAAAAAGAUGUUAUGGAAACUGCAAGGUUUCAAAAGCCUGAACAUGUGGAUGAGAGCAGCACUCUCAGUGAUUCAAUUCUUCAAGAAUUAAAAGAUGAAUAUGAACAGCUGAGAACAGAAUGUAGUUCAGACAAAGACUGCUGUGAAUUUCAAGGCUUCAGUCACCACAAGUCAAGCUCAUCAUACAACAUCACUGAUGAUGACACAGAUGUUUUGGAGUUAUGUAAAAAACAUCCAGAGAUGUACCAGCAAGGAAAGUUGGUCAGGGAGUCAUAUAACAGAGGUUAUGUCAUACCAUAUAAUAGCCCCACUAGACAUGUAAGCCUAAAGGGAAGGGAAAACCUAGGUAAGGCCUUCUCUGGAGAUGAGGUGGUUUUACAAACAGCAAGAGUGGUCAACAUCACCAAGAAAGCUGAAUCAGCCCGUGUAUUAGUGUGCCUGCUUGAGGAUGAAGAUUACAGCAAACCAAGACAGAAUUCUGACACAUUUGUAAAAAGAUUGAUGAUGCCCAUUACAAAAACUGCACCAAAAGUGUGCAUACUGAUCAGCAAGAAAAAACGUAACUUCAUUCCAAUAUGGGAGCAAAUUGAUGGACAGUGGACGAUUGCCAAAUCUGAACGUCUCAAUGAAAAACUCAAACAGAACAAUGUAUUUAUGGUGCAGGUGAUUGGCUGGAAAGAAAAUUGUUUAUUUCCAUUGGGGAACGUGACAGGUAUUCUUCCAAUUGGAAGAUCUUUGGUUGAUGGACUAAGGGUACUGAAUGAAGAAUUCAAAGUUGCACCCACUCCAUGUCACUCAGACAAGAAUUUCUCCUUGGCAGAAAAAGACAGGACACACAGACAGGACAUACGUGAGGUAAUCACUUUCACUGUGGAUCCAGAAGAAGCAACAGACUUGGAUGAUGCCAUUAGUGUCAGGGAUAUUGGAGACCAGUAUGAGUUGGGAGUCCAUAUUGCAGAUGUGGCAAGCUUUGUGAGUCCAGGAGAUAAAUUAGAUGAGGAUGCAAAACAACGGGGUGCUACAUAUUACCGCAGUCGGGAAGAACCCAUUCAUAUGUUCCCCAAAGACUUAAGCACUGGACGCUUUAGUCUUCUGGCAGGUCAAGAUCGCAGGGUGGUUUCAUUAAUGUUCAAAGUAAACAAGCAAACACAUGAAGUCAUUGGAAAGCCUGAAUUCCAGCUGUCACUGAUCAAGUCUAAUAAGCAGAUGUCUUAUGAAGAGGCAGAGGGCAUUAUCUCUGAAAGAUAUGGACAGAGACCUAAAUUUGAUACAGUAGAAGAUUGUGUCUCUGUGGCUUAUUGUUUGGCAAAAGCUCAAAGGAAGUGUAGACUUGUGGACUGGGCUUAUGCUCAACCUGAUGAUCAUCGAUUGCCAGGGAAGCGCAAAGCCCAUCUGAUGAUUGAAGAGCUAAGUGUGUUAUUCAACAAACAUGCAUCUGAGACUUUGAUGAGUUCAGAAAAAACAAUGAAUUACACACCCCUUCGCUGUCAGGCAAAACCAGAUCCCGAAAGAGUUAAAGAUUUCAAGCAGAAAUGUGGAGAAUUCAUACCACUGUCUCUACAUAUUCGGCACCAAGUUCCCCAUGAUGAACAAGUCCCAAACUGUGGAAACUUCCGUGUACUCUCAGAAGUGUGGAAAGAUAUCCAGUCAGCUGCCAGAACAGAUGAUAUAGACCAAAUGGUGGAUCUCGUUGCAGCAGAUGACAUCCACCCACUGCUCCAGCCAGUCAUAAAUCAGUUCAGAAAGUGCCUUAGUAAAGCUUCCUGGAGCGUCAUCCAUUCCAACUCCUCCCCCGAGGCAGAAGUUGGGCACUAUUCUCUUAAUGUUAAGUAUUACACACAAGCAUCCUCACCGAUACGGCGGUACAUGGACAUUGUCUUGCAAAGACUUUUGCACUCCAUCAUAUGUAACACGGAUGUCCAGUACACUCGAACAGAGAUUAUGUCUCUGUGCAAUCAAUCUGAGCACAACGUCAAGAAUGCCAAGGAGUAUGAACAGAAGGCUGAGAAAAUCUCCUAUGCAGUGAGCAUGAUAAAACAAAGUGCUACAAAGCUAGCAUUUGUUGUUAGUGCAGAUCCUAACAGAGAGGGUUUUGCAGUGUCAUUUCCUUUCAACAAGAACAUAUUUGCAGAGAGUUUAUCAGUUAUGUACAAAGAUUUACAGUUGGAUGACCAACCAUCUUUCGAUGAAGCAAAUCACUGCAUCACUCUUAAAUGGAAAAGGCGGAUCUAUGCAACUGACACCAUGCAAAUCCACCAUGAGUUGAAAAUGCUGCCAGACUGUACCCCCUGUGUUGAGCUUCCACUGACAAUAUGGAAAGCCCUGGUUGAUGCAAUUGCUGAUGAAAAAUGGGAUCAUGCAAAGUCAUUCAUAAACAACGCUAAUACAAAGCAACUGGAAAAAGAGAAGACUCAGCCAGAAUCUUCUCAGGUGCCUCAAGCCGAAACUCACACAUAUACCUCUGAGGAAGAUCACCAUGUUGACUUUGAGCUUCAGUUGCAGCUGGGGGACACCCUUCAGAUCCAAAUGACAUCAGAGGUUAAAAGAGGUUAUCCCAUGCCUGCUGUUCAGUUGGUGCACAUUAAGCCCAAGUUUGAAGUUUGUGUGGAACAUGUCCACAGCCCUAUCACAUGCUUCUCCAGAUGUGCAGAUGAUCCAUCAAGGACUCAUUAUAGUGACACCGAGGAGUAUGUCCGGAUCUGGAAACCAUUGUGUGAGAUGGAAUCUGCUGCAGCUGCAGUAGACGAAAGUGACAGCAUAAUUAUUGAGAACCUGGUGGUAAACUUCAUCCAGGAGCAGGAAGGCACACUAACAGGAAGCUUCUUCUUACCCCUUGCAUGGAUCAAUGAAUGGGCGAUUGAAUGCAACCUUUCAAAGUGCUUACUGUGCAUUCGGAAAAGAGGUUUGAAGUUGACUUCAACUCUGGAACAUUCUGCGCUAGUGGACCCAAGAGAGUUCACAUGGGUGGCGCAUGCUGUCACGAACAAAAUAGAACAAUCUAAAAACUUCAGAUCUCCUUCUUCUUCUUCUUCUUCAAAUGAUGGAACUACAGUGAAGUUCUAUGUCAGUCACCUACCGAUGGAGACCAUUCCUGACUGUGUGUUUCAGAAAGACAAACGUUUCACAGUUGAAAUAAUCCCAAAGCUCCUCCCUGACAUACGGAAAGAAAAUGCUGUGGUCCGCAUUCUGUCUGCAUGUGAUCUUGUCAAGAGUAUUGCACUUGGACAACACAUUCCAAAAGAAGUAAAGACAAACUUCUACAACACAAGGAAGGAGCUACCAUUCAGACUGCCAAAUCUCAAUCAGAGUCAGCAUAAGGCUGUGAACAAAGCUCUACAUGAUACAUUCACAGUUAUACAGGGACCACCUGGAACUGGGAAGACAGUAGUAGGUGUGUACAUAGUGUACCGUUUCUUUGAGCUGAACUCUAAGAACCAAAGGAAAUUUGAUGACCCAAAGGAGAACAAGAAACAAGUUAUUCUCUACUGUGGACCAUCUAACAAGUCUGUUGAUGUUGUUGCAGAGUACCUGUUGAGGUUUGGGGACAGCCUGAGGCCCCUCAGAGUCUACAGCCAACAAGUGGAGAUGCUUGAUUACCCUUAUCCGGACUACAUCCUUCAGUUUUCCUGUAGGACAUCCCGCCAAGAACGCGCCAAACCAGAGCUUCGGAGUAUCACUCUUCAUCACCUCAUGCGACAGGAACAAAACCCUCAUUCAGGUCAAAUAAGAGAUUUUGACACGCGCAUUCAACUUGCCCUUGAGAAAAAAGGAGAACAGCUGACUUCUGAAGAGGUGAAAAAAUACAAAAAUCUUCUCAGAGAUGCUCGGACAUAUGAACUUGAGCGGCAUGACAUCAUACUGUGCACAUGUACACAGUCUUCCACUCCAAGCUUGACUAAGACAGUCAGUGCACGUCAGAUCCUCAUUGAUGAAUGUGCAAUGGCCACUGAACCCCAGGCCCUGAUUCCAUUAGUCUGCAACAAUCCAGAAAAGAUUGUUUUGAUUGGUGACCACAAACAGUUACGACCCAUUGUGAAGAAUGAGCGUGUAAGGAAGCUGGGGAUGGCCAAGUCUCUGUUUGAACGCUACUAUACAAUCCACAAGAAGAGGGCGGUGAUGCUGGACACACAGUACAGAAUGCAUGAGGACAUAUGCGAGUUCCCAUCAAAUGAAUAUUACAAUGGAGAGCUGAAAACUGGUGUGGAGCAGCCAAACAGUGUCCUGCGUGUUGACAACAGAACGAUGCCAAUCGUUUUUGGGCACAUCCAAGGAGAGACCAUCAGUCUGGUUGUGAACACAGCCAAGGGCAACGAGAACUCUAAAGCAAACCCGAAAGAGAGAGACAAAGUGAUUGAGAUAGCUGAAAUGCUGGUGAAGAAAGCCAAAAUCGAACAGAAAAGUAUUGUGAUCCUGUCGCCCUAUAAUGCCCAAGUAUCAGAAAUCAGAGAUGAGCUGAAGAAGAAGAAAAUGGAUCAAAUCACAAUUACCACAAUCACAAAAAGCCAAGGAAGUGAAUGGCGUUACGUCAUCUUAUCGACUGUGUGCUCUGUGCCAAGUGAAAAAAUUGAGAGUGAACCAGACAGAGCCUGGCUGUCCAAAAAUCUGGGAUUUGUGGGCGAUCCUAACCAGAUCAAUGUUGGAAUCACCAGAGCCAAGGAGGGAUUGUGCAUCAUUGGGAACCAAGAGUUGCUCAACUGCAGUAAAGCUUGGAAAAAGCUCCUGGAACACUACAGGCUUCGCAACGCAGUGACAGAUGCAGACAAGAUUUCAGUGCAAGAUGCCAGAUAGCUGAUCUCCUUUAUCCAUGUUAAGAGACUUGAUCUCUACAAGCCAUAGAUCAGAACUUUUACACUGACUCAACAGCAUAACUUCAUGAUAUAUAUAUAUUUCAUGCUUUUUCUAUGAUGUCGCAAUAACUUUGCAGAUUUGGGGGUUUUGAUAUUGUAUUUGACCAUAGACUGUAUAUAUUUGACACAGUUGUUUUUGUUCUGAUUUAUACACCCCUUUCUCUUUUUAAAAUAUGUAUGAAUCUGUAAAUAGGGAAUCAAUAGGGAACAACUACUAUAUCAACUGUAUCUAUAUUUUUUGUUGGACAUUUUAAAUUCUAAACCUUCAUGUUAAAAAGACUGAAUAGUCUGUUCUUUCUUUUGUAUUUUUCAUUUUUGUUACUGUAAGUAUAAAUAUUUCAUUAAAGAAUUUAAGAGUUUUAUCACACAGUGCUGAUAUUAACUGUGGACAGUUGAUGAAAGACAAGAGUUCAGCUCUUAUUGUUUGGAUCUUUUAAUUCAUUUUUAGUUUUAGUUGAAAUGUAGAGAAUUACCAGUGUAUGAAGUCACCUUCAGUGGGCCAUCAUUCCUGUAUACUGAUGAGUGAGCCAGCAUUUAUUUCCAGUGCAGGACAGCUGGUCUUAACUUUUCAGCUGCCUCACCACUCAGUGAGCUGAGUCUGCAGUUUUUUAUGUUUAACCUUCUAUAAUAUUGUUAUUGAUACAUUUUAAUGUCAUAUAUUCAGGGAGUAGCUUUGGCUACAGAAAUGUUUAUAAAAACGUUUUGCAUUGUGUUAAAUUUUAAUUGUUGAGCCAUUUCUGCAUCCAGUGAUUUUAAUAAAUGUGUGUAAUUGUACAAAAACA